GUUCGCGUCAAGGCAACCCCUAGUGUUCGUUACAGAAAUGAAUUGAAGCGUUUGUGAACCUCGCCAAUUAAUUCAAGAUUAAACAUUCCGCCGUAGAUAACUGCGAGUAGAUAAAUAUAUCAUAGAACAAUAACAUUAACGGUAAAAGUAUUAAUAAUUACACAAUGCGGCGUGUGUGUUUUCUCGUCACGUUGAUCAUACUCGUGACUUACGUGGCUGCUUUGGAUGAAAAGUCAUCGAAGCAGGCAGCUUUCGGUGAGGGAGACAAUGCCGAGGAUGAGGACGACAGCGACUACGACGAUUACGAUUAUGCGUUGGAGGAUAAAAAAGGACACAAGAUAAAACGCAAACACAAACUCUACCUCUCGAAGAACGCCGGCUGUAGUACCGUGAAUGUGUCUCCAUUUGCCGGAGGUCUGAAGAGCUUAGCGGCAUUCAUCGCGAUAAAAAUAAAAAUCAUUUUGGUCGUUAUCACGGUAAUUGGGAUCAUUGGAUUUACCCUCAAAGUAUUUGGAGCCCUGAAGUAUAUAGGAUACCUUGGCGGGGGUUGUCCUGUUGUUCACGAGCCGGCUCACGGAUUAGGAUACUCAGUCACACCUCCACCUGAUCACGUGCCGGAAUACGGAUCCUGGGGCAAUACCAAUGACUGGUCAUCAUCUGGAAGUUGGGCACGCAGCUUGGUUCAAAGCUAUAUUGAUACGGAUAUGAUCUCUCAUGCGUUAAAAAAUAUGGACAUGGCUGAGAUGGUUUUUUCGACCCUGGAAAUGAACGACGAUGUGUGUCGCCGACGUUUGGUCUGCGAAAUUGACGCCAAAACCCGAGAAUUUCCACUGCUGAGUUACGCGAUGGAUUUCUUUUCGCAUGGAUUUGAAAAGUUUAAAACGUCGAGUAAAGUGAAAUUCAGCGACUGCGCUAAGCUUUACGCCAGUUGCGAUGACGACAAAAAAUCCAGGAGAAGAAGGAAGAGAUUCGUGGAUAAAACCGAACACAGAAAUCAAUCGUCCGUGUAAAUGACUCCUGGAAGAAGAAACCUUCAGCGAUCAUAUUGCAAAUCCUGCGGAUUUUAUUUGCAAGGAUAACGGAACCAUUGAAAUUGUCAAAGAUCGAAGAAUUCACUAGGUUUUAAUAUCAAACAUUUUCUGAAGUUUGAAAAAAGUUUACAAAAACUGUCUAUCACCAGAUUAGUUGAAGGUCAAAAACCAAGAGCAACUAGCCCAGCGGUUUUGCCCGAAAUGCUCAACAUAAUUAUAAGAAAAAACAAUCUACAUUAAUAGAGAUUUUUGACUCUGUCAAUUCAUUUUCCGAAUUUAUAUUUAUACGCUUAUGCAUAUAUUUGGUGCUCAAUUAUUAAAUUCAUAAAGUAAAUAAUCAGAGAAAAUUAUUUCAAAUUCGACACAAGAUUAUCAUUCUGUAAUCAUUGUUCCACUUUGUCAUUUGCUGACUUUAAUUUUAAGUAAUCGUUAAUUAUAUUUAUUUAUUAUUUAUUCUUGUAUUUCCAUGUAUACGUACGAAUGUACAUACGUAAUGUUGUAAGUUAAAUUUAAGUUUCAAACAAUUGAAUCGAUCAGUUUAUUCGAUGAUUAACUGUACCACAUUACCUCGUAAUUUCACCAAUAUUUAAAUGGUAUUUGUAACGAUAUACAUUUUACUAAAAAAAAUUCGACAACGUUGAAGGCAUUUUUCCUUUUUU